UGCUGUGGUUUUCAUUUUGCAUAUUUUGGAGAUUCUGACCCUAGAUGACACUAUUGCUGUGGUUUCAUUUGCAUAUUUUGGAGAUUCUGAUGCUAGAUGGCACUAUUCAUGUUGUUUUCAUUUGCAUAUUUUGGAGAUUCUGAAAGCACCGGGUCGAAAGCGGUCGUUUUAUCACAGUUCACCGAUUGUUCUUUUUGAUAAAUCAGCAAUAGCCCACCACAGACCUUCAAAGUUUCAUUGGUUGGUCAAACUUAAAUGAAUUCAUUUGUAAAAUACGUUCCAAUAGAAUACGUAUUACAUGAAAAUACCACCGUUCAAGUAAAGAAGACGAUGCAUGGUUUUUCAGAUGGUACAUAAAAAAGGAAGUAACCAAGCUAGUCAUCAGCCACGUUUUCUUUCAGCGAUCAUUAUUUCAGAAAUUCCACGCUGGGUUUCUGUAAAACCCAGAUGUUUGUGUAAUGUAAUCCAAGAAUCUUGUUGGCUACUUAAAAAGAAAAAUGAUCAAAGCCAUAUUUUUUUCUGAGUUCCAUCCAACUUUGGGACCUAAAAUAAGCUAUCAGGUGCCAGAAGACUAUGUGUCUAAGGAAAUAUUUGAUGCAGUUAGUGUUUAUAUCAUUCCUAAAGAGCAACUAGAUAGCUGCAUCAUUACAGUGAAUGUAUUGGGGCACAAGAUAACAGGAUAUCCUGUGCGCAUAUCAGAUGAAAAGUAUCCACGCAAUUUUUUGAUUUUCAAUCUGUGUUUUGUGUGUGAUUCUGAUGCCAGAACCGUACAAUUUGAGCUAGUUGUGAGGAAGUUAGCUGAGCAUUUGGUGACUCUGGAAGUGGAACAAAACUUUCUGUCCACCGAAUCUAACAGAGCAUUGCUGCCCAAAAUUUUAGGCCAAAUUCUCAGUGAUCUCAAUCGUUGUGGGUUGUGCACGGUCACAGUUGGGACGUCAACGUUACACCUGAAAGUAAUUCAGGUUGCUGCCGAGCCUCCUCCGGUAUUUGACCACCACGUUCCAGUGUUCACAUCGGAAUUUGCUCCGUUAAAGCAAGAUUAUUGGGACUUAACAACUAAACAGGUAUUACCAUACAUCGAUGGACGCAGUCACGUUGCCAGAGUUGCGAUCGAGGCCGACGUGGACAUCGGUUUGGUCAAGGCCUGUAUUCAGAAUCUCCUAUAUUAUGGGGUCGUCCAACUCAUUCCUAUCUUCCAGUACAGCAAUAUGUAUGCUGCUACACCCAAACUUAGAGAAUUACCCAUGAAUCCAGAACUGAGUAGAGAAUGCAUCACUUUCGUCGCCAAAUCUGAUAGACACCCGCCUUCAUUUAGAGAUGUUUUCCAAAUGUACUGUGGGAUGACUUACGGUACUACCAUCAGAGAUCUGUGUGUGCGCUUCAAUCCGCACUCACUCCGCAUCGACGAGCACCGACUAGUUCAGUUUGGCGUCCUGCAAGGCAUCAUUCGCCGGAUUUGCAAGUAUCCGGUGUAUAAACCGGAGACGCAACGUGGAUCCCAUAAGAAACAAAUGACCUCGUUGCAUCGAUUGUGCACCGGAGUGGCCUCAUACGAUGAGAUCUGCUGUCGAACUGGAUUGUCCUAUCACGAAUUGGACGAAAAAAUCGAAGCCGAUGCCGACAUCUGCGUUCUUUGGAAAUGAAAUGUGUUAACGCUCCCCUUUGAAUUCAAUUCUUUUUAUCCCAUAGCCCCUUCGAUUUUCGUUUCAACCAAACCAUUUUUUUUUUUUUUAUUGGCGCAUUUCAUUCCAAAAUGAACAGUUCAACGUUCCCGGAUUGAACUCCCUCCUUUUUCUUUUUCAUCCUUUGCAAUCGGAUGCCUCUUUUUGAUUGCGCAACACAAGACCUAAGUCAGCCGUUCGUGGCUAUCGUCACGUUUUUAAAUGGACGGACGUCGGACGGGAACAACCCGCACGGAGGGUUAGUUCGAUAUGUUCUUCCCACCGUUUCUCGCAAUCGAAAAACAAGAGAGGAGAGGGUAUAGAGAGAGAGAGAGAGUCGACGAUACAUUGGAAUUUCCCCCCUUCGCUUCCCCGUAGGUGAGGGGCACUCACGCAGGCGAGUAGUAUUUCCAGACAGCCGUAGAACAGACGAUGUACCAGUAAAUCUGUCCCGCUUAAAGUUUUGACAAUCUUCUUUUUUCUUUUUUGCUGGCCGUUAAAAUGCUUGGGGAGGGUUUAGAAAUGGGAACAAGAAAAACACAAAAUUUUCAAAACACACACACACACACACACACUACAAAAGAUAGGACUACGCAUACUCUUUGUCCCUAUUGGCCGUCUGCCAAAAAUUCCUCUUGAAAAAAAAAAAAAACGAAAGAAAAGAGACCCUAAUAAGAUUUACACGCAUCAACAUGGGCGCGAUGGUAGAGAGAAAUAUUACAAGCAACAAAAAAAGAUAAAAGCCUCUUUUCACUGUUUGAAAAAAAGCAACAUCGAGAGCGUCCAUGCCCUCUUGGCAUGCGAGGCUUCCGUUCGUGAGAGAGAGAUGCCGCGUUCGUCUUUUUUUUUUUUUUCAUUCUCGGUCCGCUCUUAAACUAGCAGACAAGAGUUUAUGCUGAUAAGGAGUCGACAAGCUUGUCGACAAGUGUUAUGUCGGGCGAACCGACACGGCGGUCACAACCCACCCACUUGGGCCUAUCUCAAUGGCCGUAUGAAACACUUCUGCCACGACGUGUAUGACUAUGUUUUUGAAGAGGAGAACUAAUCCACCAUCUUUUGCCUUACGUUUCUGCACCAUAUGUGGCCUUUUCUUUUUGAAUAUGCUAAUCUCGUUAAUUAAGAACCGUUUGAAUUUGGGGAUUUUAAAAAAAAAAAAGCCUGGGCAACGGUCUUAUGUUACUGCCGCUUCCUGCGUGAACAUAAGACGGCGUGAUUUUUUUUUUUUUUUUUUUCUGGGUGCACCCGGCACAGGGACGAUUAGAUGUCGAUCGAUUUCCUACCAACAGAUUAACCCUAUCCCAACCCGUAGAUGUAUGCGCAUAUUUUCCAUUUGAAUCGGCUAUCCUGUUGUUCGUCGUCUCUAUAUAACACCCGCCGGGAAAUGGCCGAUUACGGCGGCUGUUUUUAGCGUUGGCAAUCAAAGACGUUCGUUAACAUGCCAUUUCUAGUCUGCAAUAUGUAGACUAGACUCUCCUUUUUUUUUUAUUAUUAUUUUUGAUUAUUUUCGAUUCCUUCGCGCGUUGGUCUUGGAUUACAUUUUUCGAACUCUUGGCCGGGUCUUCAUCAUCGAUCAUUGACUGGGGCCAUGCGGAACCGGCCGUCGAUUCUUCCGAGGCGGAAAGUCGAGGACGGCCGCAUCACCAGCACGAGUCUUGCGGUGGAGAAAAAGUUAGGGAAGGAAAAAAUUUAAAAAUCUGGUUGAAGAAGUCGUCACACAGACUAGAAGGGGGUGCUAAUUUGAGAGCUUGAUGGACGACACAUUUCUCUCUCUCUCUCUCUCUCUCUCUCUCUCUCUCUCUCUCUCUCUCUCUCUCUCUCUCUCUCUCUCUCUCUCUCUCUCUCUCUCUCUCUCUCUCUCUCUCUCUCUCUCUCUCUCUCUCUCUCUCUCUCUCUCUCUCCCAAGUUAUUUGCCCCCAUCUUGUGCCACUGUCGAGACGAGUCGUACAAACCACACGCGGAAAGACAAACUCUUUCCAUCUCAUUACGCAGGCAUAUAACCCGUUCGGAAAAAAAAAAAUUCGAAGGUCUUUUUCUUUCUUAUCGUUUUCUUCUUCUUCUAACUGCACCCUCUUGUUUUCAGCAACUCCUAUAUCAAGGGCCCUGGGCAGGUCAUCAUUCUCUUUUUUAGCCCCGCUGGUUCCACAUAGUCGCCGUUAAGUAUAAUGUAGACAUAACCCCUGAGCGCGCAGUUUGUGUUAGGUACGGUUACACGAGUGGGGGGGAGGGAGACACACAAAAACACACAUGGAGUCGAGUUGUUUCGAAAUGGCUACAGAAACGAGACAAGAGAGAGAGAGAGAGAGACAAGGGGGUACGAGAGAGAGAAACGAACAGAGAAAUGGAGACAAGCAGAUUGCGUAUCCUCUUCGACUUUGUGUUUCGUGCACCCAUAACGCAGGUCUCCAUUUUCUAUUGGCCCUUUUUUUUUUUUUGUUUGAAUUUUUUUGCGCCCGGAUAUGACCUGUCGCGCCCGCCGACUUGCACGGCCCUUUUUUUUUUUUCUUCUGAAACUUAGCACAAACGAAUGUAGACACGGAGUCAGCGCUAUUCGGUCCGUCUUCCGAGAAACGGGCAGAAUUAGAAAAUCGUUCUCUUCUUCUUCUUCUUUGAGUGAUGCUCCUCUGUUUUCAUGAAUGAUAGAUGAACUUUUUUCAUCGUCAGGCAGUUUAUCAAACUCCGAGCAAAAACGUCAUUAAUAUUUAAAAAAAACAAAAAACAAGAUGGCGUGUUCGAACGAAAAUCCUUAGGCCUGGUAACAUCACACCAACGGGUUUGCGCAACCCAAACCGGAAAAAGAACAUUCAUUCAUUGUAAAUGAAAACAAUGAAUUCACAGCCAAUGGCAAUAAUUCAUUUUUGUUUUAAAUAGUAAGAAAUAGCCGAGUCAUUUGUUUUUUGGAUGGAUGGAUGUACUUGAACGUAAUUGCGUAUGCGGGCGACAGAUGAAACCGAAACUUAGUCAAACAUUGAACACCUCAGCAAGAAGAACUGUUGCGAUAGUAAUAGUGGAUGAUGAUGGUCGUGCUGCGUACACAAUAAGUCGAUGCCUGUUGAAAGAGGAGCUCUCACUGGCUGCUGCUGCUGCUGCUGCUGGAUGAGUCACGAUGCAGAUCCGAUGAAACGCACAGACAAGCAAAUGGAGGCAAAGAAGUCAUCGACACUCGCAUUCAGCCGCACGACGUGUUCCAUGGCGACGGCCAGACCGCGCAACCGCCUGUCCUAAUCAGUUAAUUCAAUCAUCAUCACUAUAGUAUCCCUAGCCCGCUGAACGAUACCGAAGAAACAAAGACGGACACAUUCAAAAAAGAAAAAAACAACAACAGCCAUUUGCAUAGACAAACACGUUGAGACAAGUUGAACGUCCGGGUGUCCGAUUCUGAACGGACUGACGUUGCCUCAUUUUUUUUUUUCUGUCUGAUGUUAUCAGAACGACCCGUUAUGAAGUGAUACUUGUUGACAGCUCGGCCAACAAGUUGACGACCAAUCAGCGCUGAUUUAACUUAACCAGACUUGACUAAGGCAGUCAACACCGAAAAGGCUUUUGCAUUUGCGUGUUGUUGAAUGCUCUUUUUUCUUGUUUAUUGGGGUGACAACGAAUGAUCUAAUAACGAAUAGCCCCCCCCCCUCUCCCCACGCAUUGUGUCAUCUCAAAAUAUUCAAGCGAACAUUUGCAUGCGAAGGGUCGAAGAUGACCGGAAUCGAAAGCGACAACGAGACAUCCCCCUUUUUUCUUUUUCGUUGACGCCAUCACGGAAUUCCCCCGUCGUAACGGAACAGAACAGACAAGGAAAUAAAGAAAUAAGGGUGGGGGGUUUCUCGUAAUACUGUUGGUUAAUAACAUGCAACCACAUCAGCGCUAUAGAGGGAAGGAUGUGAAAGGGGGAGGAAGAUCUUUGAACGACGACAAGUCCCUCAGCCAUGUACCAAUGAUUUACUAUUAGGCCUAAAAAAAAAAAAGAAAAGACUAACGCAUACUUCCGCAACAUGCGUCCGCAGUUUUCGAAAAAUGCUCUCCUUUCUUUCCCUAACGAAACGUCAAGAAUCGGAAAUCGUUUCGUAGGCCUAUUUAAGAGAGGUGAAAAGUCUUUCGACGUUCGUUUGUUUUCUUUUUUGCUGCUGUCCUAUGGCGCCAGUAAGACAUCGCAGCGUGUGUAGGCCUACAUAUCAGCUGUUGCUGCCUCUUUUUCUUGAGUUAGUACACGAUUGAAACGAGUCUCGCCGGUAGGUCAGCACAAUAAGAUCUCAGCAUUUUUUUUUUUUAUGACAGGCCUAGACGUUCAUGAGGAUCGAGUUAAACAAAAACGAAGUAGGCCGCCAUACGAUGACGUUAUACGCAGAGAAAGAUGGAAAUGUUUGAGCACUUGAGUUCAGAUCGAUGCACCUCAUCCAUGGCAUUUCUAUCGAAGCGGGUAAAAGAGAAAAAAAAAAAAGGGGGGAAAUAGACGAGUUUGACACGCCCAACAAAACAUUUCGAAUGUAUAUAUGCAUCAUAUACAAAGGAUAGAGAAGACGGGCUUGUGACAGCUGACACUGUGGUCCAGCACUGGCCCUUCUUUUUUGAGGCGGCGAGGGUGUCGGCGCUCCGUCUGUAUAGAAAAAGGUCAGCGGCACCACAGCCGGCCCGUCAUCGAAUGUUUGCUGGACAUCCUCUGAUAUUACAUCGAGGCGAUGACCUCAUCCUUAAUGUAUAUAUAAUCUAUAUACAUUUUUCCCGCCUUGUCACACUAACGUAAUGACUUUAUGUACACACACACACACAAACGGCCGUAUGUGCGUGGGUCUUUUUGAUUUGAAUAGAAAAAGAAAAACGUUUGAAUAACACAGCGAAUAUAAUCGAAAUGGGCCGAUCAUUCGAUAUGAAAAAAAAAAAAAAAAAACGAUUGUGCAGUUCAUAAUCUGUCUGCAACAUCUACCGUUGUGAAAAAACAAAAACAAAAAAACAUUCGAGUUACGGGAUUCGUGUUGCCUUUGCCAUUUAAUACGUCGCGCAUAGAACCGUGUAACCUCCCGAUAACCCUCUUUCAUUUAUUUAUUUUUUAUAUGGAAGGGCAAUAAAAAUGAAACAGCCGUGUGUAUGGCCACCAUAACUAAUGGAGAGACGUCGGCGCAAUUUGAUACAAAAUCAUAAUCCCCCAGUCCCCGUUUUUCUUUUUCCCAAAUCGAAUGUACAUGCCUUCCGCACUGAACCGGUGAACUUGUUACUCAACGCAUUCGGGGGUGGUUCUAAUAUCAACGUUCAUAAUAACUCACUUUCAGUUGUUUUCCAAACGAACAGGCAUAUUCGAAUUAUUGUGAUGACUUAAACAAAUUCCGUGUUAUUUCAUACGCCUGUUACAACGAAGCGCGUAAUCAACGAUUUGAAUAGUGACGCAAUGGGCCAACAGUAAAAAAAAGAGAGUUACGCACCAUCGAGGUGAUAAUACUUUCGGUUUCAUUUUCAUAUACUCGAUGACGCCCUCAUCCAACAGUUUCGCUCUUCUCAUAAAGAAACUAAAAAGGCGGGGGAGCUUAACGAGCCAAUAACAAACAUUUUUUACUGCCCCCCCCCCCCCGUCCAUCAUUAACGCGGAUCCAUUACUUACUCGCCCCAUAGAUCUAUAUGUGCGACACGGAUUUAAAUAGUAAAAAAAAAAAAAAAAAAAUGCAAACAAGUCAUGGCUUCAAAAUACGUAGGCCGAUAACACAAUACGCUUUUCUUUUCAAUUUUCGAUGGUGAUGGCGGACCGGCGGCGGCGGCCUGAUGGUUCCAGCGUAUCCCGUUUCAAGGGGGUCCAGGCGUCUUACUGGCGACUUUGCA